AUGGGUAAGGGCAAGCGUGUGGGAAACAAGGGCAAGCAUAGGGGAGACGGUGUUCCUCCACCGGCAGGGGCAGGCGACCAAGGCAAGCAGGCGCACAAGGUGGCGGUGCUCAGGGCCGUCAACGCUAGGAUCAUUGCGGAGUUGGUGGAGACGCGGGCGCUCCUUGCUAAGCACCCCGACGACGGCGUGCGGGACGAUGACGUAGUGCUGCCUGGCGACGCCGAGGAGGCACCCCUUCACGGCGCCACCAAGGAUGCCGCCGUUCAAGAGAAGAAGGACCUCGAGAAGGAUGCAGUUGCAGAGGAGGCGGAUGUAUCUGCCCUGCCCGUGCUCAGCGAAGUCUCCGAUGCCGUGUCUGCCGUGGUGGACGGGGAGGAAUCCGAGGAAGAAUCAUCGGAGGAGGAGAAGCUAAAGUCCGACGAACCCAUGACUCUCCUCUGCGAUCAGUCGCUUGAGAACCUGGGGAAGGAAGCCGCCGACGAUGGCGUGGUGGCGCGCGAGGUCCACGUUGCCGCGACCGACUCCCAGCUAGAGGACGCCGCGGCUCUGCGCGCGCGCCUGGCCGCCGCUGAGGCAAAGGCAGCACGCCUGGAGGCGGCGAACGCGGAGAAACUCCAGGCACUGGAGCGCCUCGGCGCCAAGGAGGCAGAGGCGAAGGCCGCGUCCGAGAGAGUCGCCGAACUGGAAAGGGAACCUUUCGACCCUGGAGCCGGAACCGGAAGGGACGACCAGCACCGAACUGGCACUGCCUGCCGCAGCGAGAGGUCAUCCCGCGAAGCAGAAGAAGAAAAAGGCUCCAGCGGCUCGAGGUCGAGGACGCCGCGCGGCGGAGACGGAGAAACCUGCCGUGACUGCAGCGGCGGCUGCGCUGCCGGCGCGCCAUGGCGGGAAGGGGGAGGGCCCGAGCCAGGCUGGACCUGA